AUUCUCUAAAGGUCAUUUCAUCAUGGAUAGCGAUACCUUCAUUAUCAACAGUCAAGGAGUAAUAUCACUCCGGAGCGAUGCCUCCUUGGAUAGAGAAACUCUAGACAAUUACAAUAUACAGGUAAUAGCUGUAGACCGGCCUGUCGAUGGUUUAAGCUCCACAGCUCAGGUCAUCAUCACUGUUCUGGACGUCAACGACAACAACCCACAAUUCCUUCCUCUCCCAGAGACCAUUGAGAUUCAGGAAGGUGUGUACACCCCCUCAUCACCUGGAGAGGUGUGUGAAAUCUUAACCACAGAUGCUGAUAUUGGAGACAACGGACGUGUCACCAUCACUACAUACUCACACACUGAACUAUUCAGAUUCAGAGAGGAUGGGACUCUACUAGCUAUCAAGGACCUUGAUCGAGAGAUACAGGAUGCAUAUGAUGUGCUCAUUGUUGCCAAUGAUCAUGGGAUGCCACAGGGAAAUAACAUCACCACAGUGAGGGUCAGUAUCACAGAUGUCAAUGACAACGCUCCAGUCUUCAGCUCUGACGCCUACAGCGAAAACAUUCUGGUUAAAGACGCCAAGGUUGGAGAUGUGCUGCUGACGCUCUUGGCCACAGAUAAAGAAGCUGGAAGCAACGCACUUAUUAGUUACAGGUUCUCUGAAGUCUCCUCAAUGGUCACACUGGAUGCUGAAACAGGAGACAUCACUUUGACCUCUGACCUUAGCGGGGUCACAGAAGACAUGCUGCUAACCCUUACUGCUAUAGCGACAGAUCAUGGAACACCACCAGAAUCUGCUGAAGGUUUGGGCUUGCGGAAAUCUUGA